AGAUUCAUGCUACAGCAUUCACUGCUUUUCAGACAUAAUUGUAAAUUUGAACAAGAAUCUCAGUUAUUCUCAUUACUUUGCUAAUUAGAUGAAUUGAAUAGGUCACUAAACCAGAUAAGCACAAGAGAUAAUUAUCUAUUUCACUUAGCCCCCAAAUAAGGGUGCUCGAACAGACACGUUAAACGAUAAUUCAUCCAAAUCCUCAAUCAUAUCUGUGCCUCGCAACUAUGACUACUGUCAAGCCAAUUGUUGAGGAACGUCAACAUCACUCAUGGGGUUUGUUGGUACAAGGACGCCCUGCUACGCCCUCUGAAGGAAGAGCUCAGGUAAGCAACUUCAAAGCCAGGAUACAAAUUCAAACAAUAACAAGAUUAUAGCAAUAUACCAGGAUUGGAUGUAAGGACACGCAAUCCCUUAUUACCCAUAACAAUGGAACUUGCUUGGAAUUUGGCCCUUGGGUACGCACCUCUUUCGUGGAUCUUGCUCUUGCACAUGAGCUAAUAAUUUCUUAGGACUUAGUUGAUGAAUUUGAUGAAAGCAAACCCUUUUAUCAGCAAGUACUCCUUAUAGAUACUACUAUCAAGGAUAUCCAAUCAGUUCGAAUCCGCCACAAUGAUCAAGUUGGUGAUGAGGUCGACGUUUUCAAGGGCUUUAGGACCAUUCCAUACACAGGAGAGAUUCAUCAACAUGUUUACCCGAACGGUGAAACAUAUACUCAGGUACCGAGUUACUAUGCCAAUGUUUCGAAUACGGCCUCGAUGUACUCAACCACCAACAAAUCCGACGUUAUUGGCGAGGCACAUCCUGGUCUUUCAUCGGACACCAGAUUUGGCGUUCUAGUACCAAAUCAAAGCCAAAAUCAAGGACGUGGUGGCAAUUCGUAUCGAGGCAAUGAUCGACAAAACGGCCGAAGCAACCAACACUAUGGCGAGCGAGGAGGAUAUACCCAACAUCUAAAUCGUCGUGGAAGACGUGACAUGCACUUUGGACGUGGACAAGGACGCGGUGAGGGGCGUGGUGAUGGCCGUGGACAUGUACGUGGAAGUGCACGCGGUGGGAGACAUUUCGAGAAAGGUGGCAACCAUCACAAUACUAGCAGCACACAAAACGGAAAUCAUCAGCGUCGGGAGGAUGAUUACGAUGAGGGACGCUGGUGGGGCCAACCUGCACCUCGGGAGAUCCUAGAUGGCUACAAAGAAGAAGCUGAUCGCAGCUAUUCUGGCUACGAUGAAGAUGGAAGUCAGAAUUCCAGUUACAAAUCUUACCACCAGGACGAUGAUACGUACUGGGGACCAAAUGGAGAGGGAUUUCCUCACCUCACGCCGACCCACGGACAGCAAGCACCAACCUAUCCUGGGCUUGAAGAGACGUAUCCUCUAAUUCUACCACCUAACGCCGUAUUAAUGUCCUAUAACGGAUCCAUCAAUUCAUAUGCUCAUCCAGUUCCUAUCGAAGGAAACCAAUAUGGAUUCCCCAACUUCUACCAAUCAAUGCAGAGAAGAAUUCCAUUUCGUGACUACACAAGCAGUGGUGUGGUUUGCUCGGCGGAACUGGAAAUGGAAAGCCAUGUUGGUGGCCAUUCUCCUUAUUUCAUACCUGGUCAUGAUAUUGGGGUCGAUGUUUCGAUGGGGUCAGAUAAUGGUCGUGAGGCGACUAAUCCACGUCCUCGAGUGGUGUUACCUCUCACUACUCCAGGCGGCCAAACAUACAUCGGCUCUUCGGACGGGCAUGAGGGGCAAUUGCGCGCAAACGUGUAUCCCCCAACGCCAUUUGGACCUUCUGCAAGCCGUUCUCCCAUGAGAACUACCACGAGUGAAGGUUCCCCAGUGAUGCGCCCUCGUCGUCACGCAACUGAUGCAAACAUGUCAUUCACCCCUUUGACACAUGCACGUACAACAUCAGGAUCAGGUACAGAUUUACGUCGAUUGGCGACGGGUAAUUCUGGAUUUGCAAUUGCUGAGCCAAGAAGUUCGCCAGGCGCCAGUGUAUUCUCUCCAAGAUCAGCCUCCCCACGCCAUGCAAAUAUGGACGCGAUCACAGCCAGAAGCUCGCCUGGUUUAUCAUUUUCAAAUCCGAGUGCGGUCGGUGGCCCUAUGACAAGAAAUGCAUCUUCUCAUGAGCUCAAAUACGCUGGAUAUUCAAUCGCAGGGCAAUCCGUCCCAUCAUUGGGUUUGGUCUCACGUACUUCAACUCCACUCGCCAAUUCCAGUCGUCGCUGGUUUGAAUCCAGACAAUUUGUUCCAGACGGGAGCAGAUUGUCAUCCCCUGGUAUCGCUAGUCCUGGUCAGAACAGUCGCAUCUGGGUAGAAUCUAGGUCCGAAGAUGGACAAAUGUGAUCGGCGAGAAACGUGAAGACAAACAAGGACAAAAACGUGUGAGGACAGUCGAGAAAUGUGGAGGAGCGACGUGUUUUGACAAUAAGGUAUUAGGUUUCAUUUUAAUAUGGUUAUGAUGGGUUCGUGAACAGAGAUUACUUGAAUGUUUAGUCGAGGAGUCUUGUAGUCGGGUUAAUUCUUCUCUGUUCUUCGAUCUCUUUCUCCAAACGGUGUAAUGGCAUAGGGGAGAUGGUAUCCGGAGAGUUAGAUAGUGAGAGUCUUGACAGCUUGAUUUCAACAUCGACUGUUUACUCAUUCAUUCGUCAGCUAAUAGUUAUUCUUGACUUUUAAGGGCGGUUUAGUCGCAGCUACUAAUAGAAUGCUUCUUCUAAGUUGGUGA